AGCCGCGUCAAGCAAUAGUAACGCUACGUCACGUUUACGUUCAUGAUUUUUGGCGAGCGAUUCUCCAGAGAUCGAUGUGAUUUGAUUGAUAACUGUCCACAGGAAUUAUGAACUCAUUAGGUCUACAGACGUAUGUGGAAUUGUUCCAUUUUCCAUCAUUGGCUCAGUCGAAUGUUUUCAACCUAACUUUUUUGAAGUCUGAUGCUGCAAAACGAUCAAAAACUAGUCGAAAAACGUACGACAUACUGGUCGCAUUUUUCCGUCCAGUAAGCGAUCCACUAGCCAGCAAAUAUUCCUUUAGUAUACACCAUUUCGAUGUAGAAGACAAAAUUAUUCAGCCACUAACUAAAACCAUUGAUUUUGCCUAUUUACCAGGUGCCUCAGACAUAGUUUGCAUUAGUGCAUUACAUGACGAAAUAACUGACGAAUACUUCGUUGCUAUUGGCUUUGUAAAGGAAGGCGAAAAAGGAUACCUUAAUAUAUACAGAUCUAAGUCAGAAGAAAAGCUAUCGGAAAAUUGCUUGAGUUAUUCCAAGUUACCUUGUGUUCCUCUUCAUUUGACUCAUGCACACUGUCUCAUCAAAGAUGAACAUCAGUGGGCAUUCUUUUUGUCUUAUGGUGAACCUUUUAGCGAAACUUCCAGUCAACACAAGCCUUCCAAUCAACCACAAGUCAAAAUAUUUUCCAAACUUGUUGAUACUAAUGUUUUUGAACAAGUUGAAAUUGAUCAAGAUACAAAAAACUCUGAAUUAAAUCAGUCUCAAACCUGUCAUUCUAGUGCAGCUUAUGGUGAACUAUCAUUUAAUAUUGCUGUAGUACUUUUCCCAGAGCUAACAAAAUUGCCAACAACACUAAUUUUCUUACAUAUGGAUUUUAAAAUUAUAAAUAAUAUACGGUUUUCAGCAUUCGGCUCACAAGAUGGGUGGUUUGGUUUAUUCGCUGUGGACAUGAAAUCUCGUAGAACUAUACGACAUUUCUAUUUAUCUCAUGAAUCACCAAUCACAUCCAUUAAAAUAUUUCAACAGUUUAAUGGGUUUGAUUCGGCUUCAGAAGAAGUGAUCAAAGAUAAUGAAAGUAAUUUAUUUAUUUAUUCUUUAAAACUUGACUGGUUAUAUUGUCAUAUAAUAAUGAUCAUCUUAUCUAGUGUUAUAUUUUUAGUACAAUAUGGAAUUCCCAGCAUAAAAUAUUCCAACAAACUAUUGAUUCUGUACUUACAUUGAAGAUAUACAGCAGGACCGCCACUGGCUUCUAUUUUGAGCCAAGUCUGAUAACAUCUUAAGCCACUGUGUUGUACUCCAACCAGGGAGUUGUGUGAAGGACUAUCAGAUGCUAGUCCUGUACAGCAUUCUUUCAUGCCAUCACACCAUGUCAUACACUAAUCCGGCAAAUAAUGCACGGUGUGGAAUUCGCUGCGAAGACCUUCGUAAGACAUUCAAGCUACCGAAGUCGGUGUUUCAAGAUUGAAUCGAAUUAUCGUCACUGUGCCUGAACACACAAUAUCGAACCUCUGCAUUACUAACAUGGUGUUACCAGUGUAUGUUAGCAAUCCUUCGGAGACAACAAGGAUCAAACACAGAGGGUCGUCUGACGUCCUCAACUCGGAGAGAUCAGGUUUCAUAAGCAUAGAGCGAGACUGCUCCCAUCGACGCGUUGGAGGUCCGACCUUUCACAGCCAGAACAUCACGAAAGCGCUAGAGAUGGCCCAGAUUGGCAUAAGCCGCUCUGGCUUACACUAUAUGUGAAUUGAUCUCACCACUCAAACCAUCAGCAGCACUUAUGCAGCUAUCCUGAUACACGAAUUUCUCGAUUACUUUUAUUUGCUCACUACUCAAGGUGAGUGCAGGAUCAGGGUCCUACAAGUCGUGUAAAAGUACUUUGGACUUAGAAGGUGCAGAGCAUACUCAACUUAUAUAAUUUCUCAAGUUUAUCAUUCCGGGUUAUAAAAUUAAUUGUCACGAACCUUAGAUGAUAUUUUAAGCUAAAUGGGUUGGUGGUUUAUUGUUUAAGAGGUUGAAAUUUCAGUCAUAAAUUGCGAGUUCGAACCCCUCCUCACAACUGGAUAGUAUUACUAGUGCUUACCGACUGUGCCUCAAAGCCAUGUGUACAAUUCUGUAACUGAUAAUGAUUUACUAAUAAAUUAUAACAAUACAUUAGCAAAAUGAUAUCGAUAACCGCUUAACCGGAAACCACAAACUGCUUGAGAAUCCAUUCAUCAAUAAAAAUAUGGUAAUUUUAGUCUCAUUUUUAUAUUCAUUUUACACUGAUGUUAUCAUCUAUUAAUUUCUUAAAUUUCCUACAUCUGUAACUUAUUUAUGUCAGUCUCUUUCUCCCUUCAUUGAUUUCAUAUCAGAUGUGUCUAUUCUCAAGAAAGAUGUUAACUGUUUAGUGUGUUCAGCUUUCGAACCAACUGUUGUUUAUUGUAAUAUCUUCAAAAAUAAUGGCUUCAGUGUACAAAAUCAGUUAAUUUUACCAUUUAGCACAGAUUUUGAUCAUGUCAAUUGUGCUUCAGUCGAUGAUUUUAAUUUGGAUGGUAAAACGGAAAUUAUACUUGGAACAUUUGGACAACGAUUACUUUAUUAUGAAUGGGAGUUGAAUAAUACAGAUCCAAAAAAUGGACAAUUCAUAUUAAAAUUUCAACGUUCACUUCCUGGUCCAGUAUUUUGUAUAUCUCCUGCUUUAGAUCUAAUCGGUGAAGGUCCUCUAUCAUUAGCAGUUCUAACUAGUCGUGGACUACAUAUAUUUCAACAUGAUACAUAUUGUUUAAUCAAAGAAAUUCAUCAUAGAUUAGACAAUCAUUCACCUUUAAUAAUUAAUUUGUAAAUUACUUUUUUAUUAUUUGUGAUUAUUUGCUUAUAUAUAUAUAUAACGGCCGUUUCGUUCUAGUAUGGGACUCCUCAGUAAUUCUCAUGCACGACCUCGCAUGCGGGACUCGAACCUGAAAAGUCCCAUACUAGGACGGAACGGCCGCCCUGUGCAUCCAGGUUUUCAUUGUGAAAAUUAGAACAACACAUGUAAUCAAACAAUUGCUUUCUAUUAGAUCAUCAUUAAGCUUUACUGUAAUAUACAUGAAUAUUUUUAUGAAAUUGUUAAACUAAUCAAGGCAAUUUGAGUCAAUAAUCACAAUAAAAAAGGGGUUAAAUGUGUACAGAACAAAUUCGUGAACCCCCUAUCCCUUGCAUGGCCAGUUGUAAUUUAACAAACGACAUUAUUUUAUUUUAUUUUUGUUAUCAUUAACAUAAUUUUCACAUUUGGUAUUUGAUUGUAAUUUUCCGCCUCUUUCCGUUUGUAUUCUUCACUAUCUAAUUAUUUACAUACUUCUUAUUACGUAAUGGUUUUAGUGUUUUGUGAUGACUAUUCCAAGUCUAUUUACCCACGUUUGACCUUCUAUUUCCAACGUUUAACUAUUGAUAAGACUUUUGUCAUCGUAUUUUAUUAUUCUUACUACUAUCAGUACACCUAUCUUUCUGUUAUCAACUUGUACUUUUACCUAUUAUGCUUGGUGACUUAUUCUAUUUCAUCGUGAUUUUUGACCUUAAUUACCUUGGUUGAUUUAACAUUUCCGUAUGAAUAUUCAUGUAUAUUACAAUAAAGCCUGGUGACGAUCUAAUUGAAAACAAUUGUUCGCUUAUAUGUGUUCUAUAUAUAUACUGCUACCCUGUUCGAGUUUCGAUUCAUCUAGACUUAGCUUUUUUUUGAGCAUCACUGAAUUUCCAGUUUGGUGGCUAAACCUCGUAUGGCAAUCCGUUGCAAUCUACUGAAAAACUGAUUUCACAUUUGUACAUUUCUUAAUUGUUCAUUUAAUUUUUUUUUGUCAACUCCUAUUUUUAAGUAAUUCAACUAAAGAAAAAAGAUUUUGAGUAGAAAAAUCUAAAAAGGAAAACAUUUUAACUGUUGUAUUUCCAUUGUUUUUGUAAAUAGUCAAUACCACCUCCAAUUUACCUUUGUCCAUAGACUUUAAAACAUUUACUAAAUCCUAAUAUUGUGAAGUUAUAUAAUCAUUUCUUUCUGGAUAAAUAAAUAACAUCUCUCUUUUCUAU